CAUUUCUUUUCUCUCCGAGUCUCUCUCUUUACUCUCUCUCUCUCUUUCAUAACGGCGAUUUGUUUGCUCCGGCCGAUCUGAGCUAUCACCGAUUUGAUUAAGUUAUCCAGAUGACAGAUGAUUGGAAUGAUGCAAUACAGCUACUAAGUGCAAGGGAUAUGGCGCAAAAGACAGUAAUCGGGAAGGAGCGGAUCGUGUAUAGUACAGAUAGAGAUAUGAUGGAACAAAACUAUGAGACAGACGAGUGGGAAAGAAGAUUCAAAGAGUUGGAAAAAACGGAUUGAAAUAGGAUGAAAGAGUUACAAUCUAGUGAGCCGGAGAAGAAGCUGCUUCGCUUGGGUGUAGAGACGGGAGGGUGUUCUGGUUUCCAGUAUGUGUUUGAGCUUGAUAGUAAAACCAAUCAUGAUGACAGGGUUUUUGAGAAGAAUGGUGUCAAAUUGGUUGUAGAUAACGUUUCAUACGACUUCGUGAAAGGUGCCACAGUUGAUUAUGUGGAGGAACUGAUCCGUGCUGCUUUUGUGGUAGCUGAAAACCCAGCCGCAGUAGGUGAAUGCAGUUGUAAAAGCUCAUUCAUGGUGAAACAGUGAAUCACUGAAUCUGUCUUCUUUACAUGGAGUAGAAACCACGUUUGAUCUUUUGUUUAUUACAUGUAUAAUGUCAUAACUAGGGAAAGAUACAAAACUUUGUAGGCUUCUAGCUCAACAAAUAAUUUGUUCAUCCUAUUUUUAAAGAAUAAUGGAAAAGAUUUAUACAAAGAGGAAUC